CAAAACAAACAAUCUUGCUGGUGGGGUGCACCUACCUUCUUGCCAAAUACACGUCUUUCUCCCUCUGUCUACAGAUUUUCCGAAGAUGGGCGGAAGAUGCUUUCCACGUUAACAAAUCACGCUCAUGAGUCCUCCCGGGAUCGGAUUAUUAUUUGUAUGCCAAUCCUUCCUGCUGAAUUUUGAUGGUAAAGUCUAUCUUCGUUGGUGAAUUAUUUCCCCUACAUUUUCAGAAAAUCUACUUCUCCGGCAGGCGGAGCGGGAAGAAGUAUUCAAUGGCGCCUCAGCCGAUUCUGGCUGUGGCGCUUCCUUCGGAGACUGGUCGGGUUAUCAGCAUUCAGUCUCACACUGUUCAGGGAUAUGUGGGCAACAAAUCGGCUGUAUUUCCUCUACAACUGCUUGGAUACGAUGUUGACCCAAUCAAUUCGGUACAGUUCUCUAACCACACAGGGUAUCCUACUUUUAAAGGUCAGGUUCUGAAUGGAGAUCAACUCUGGGAUUUGAUAGAGGGACUCGAAGCUAAUAAUUUAUUGUACUAUACACAUUUACUAACAGGUUAUAUUGGUUCAGUUUCCUUCUUGAACACUGUACUAAAGGUUGUCGAUAAGCUUAGGUCUGUCAACCCUGAACUUAAAUAUGUAUGUGACCCAGUGUUGGGCGAUGAGAGAAAACUGUAUGUUCCCCAAGAGUUAAUAUCUGUGUAUCGAGAAAAGGUUGUGCCUGUUGCUUCUAUGUUGACUCCAAAUCAAUUUGAGGCUGAACUGUUGACAGGUUUGAGGUUGACAUCGGAGCAAGAUGGUAGGGAAGCUUGUAAUAUUCUUCAUGCUGCUGGACCAUCACAGGUUGUGCUAACGAGCAUAAACAUAGAUGGUCAUCUUCUUCUAAUCGGCAGUCACUUGAAAGAGAAGGGCAAGCCACCCAUGCAAUUCAGGAUUUCAAUUCCGAGAAUUCCUGCAUACUUUACGGGAACAGGAGAUUUAUUGACGGCUCUGUUGCUUGGUUGGAGCAAUAAAUAUCCAGACAACCUGGACAGAGCAGCCGAACUUUCUGUAUCAAGUUUGCAGGCACUUUUAUCUAGGACAUUAGACGACUACUCGAGGGCCGGGCAUGAUGUCGGGUCGAGCAGUUUGGAGAUUCGGUUGAUUCAAAGUCAGGAUGAUAUUCGCAAUCCUGAAAUCAAAUUCAAGGCCGAGGUAUACAACUGAUGUUUAUUCUUUAUCCUCGAAGCAAAAAAUCCAAAAUAUUUUUUCCAAUAUAACCACAUCAUUUUUCAGCGAAAAACUCAAGUUAUUUGCUUGGGAACAAAACAAUUCUGUGUUGCAUGAUGAUCUUGUCUAUCUUAUAUAUAUAUUUAUGCAUAUGGGGAUCUUUUUUUAUAUGAUUUGCAUAUUUUAAAAUUUAAAUGAAAACCAGGUAUUUUA